UUAAACAAAAAAAAAAGUAAAAUUAACUCAAACUUUGACUCAAUCGCAUAAGCCAAACAAAUUGAAAUUUCUUAAACGCGCUCAACUUGACUUUGAGUCGCUGCAUAUAUAAAGCGGGGUGGCAUAAAAAAUUCCAUGUCAUUUCAAUAAUUUCGGUCGUUGCGUUGAGACGUUGGCAAGGCGGUGACGAAAAGUGUGCUGUGUGAAUUACUUUUAAACUAAACGAAAACGAAAGUGUUUAACACAUUAAUUCAAAAUUCAAACUAAAUAAUUUCUACCGAAAAGUGCAAAUAAAACUAUUACUAAGCAAAAUGAAAGCCUUUGUGUUGGCAAGUGUUUGUUUAUUCAGUGUUCUAAGCGCUGGCUUGGCACAGUUCUCAAAUGGGCGUGUAUUGGAUCCACCAAAUCCACAACUGUGUGCACAAAGGAUUAUACACGAGAAGACACCCGAUGGCAAAGGUUACUUCUUCUCAUGGCGUGACCCUAACCUUAAGGGAGUUGAAGAAGAUUGGUUGAGUGCAAGAAACUACUGCCGCAGACGUUGUAUGGACUCAGUUUCAUUGGAAACUAGUCUAGAAAAUGAAUGGAUUAAACAACGUGUGGUCACUGAAAAUUUCGUUUCGGGAGCGCGCAUUGAAGCACAAGACUUUGAUGGUAACUGGCAUACCGCGCGUGUAGUUGAAGUUGACAAUGAUGAUCGUGAGGUGUUGAUUAAAUUUGAACGCACUGGGAAAAUCAAGUCUGCUGUUGUUGGUGCUGAAGAAUGGAUAUCAAUGAACUCCACGCGUUUACGUCAACGGGCAACAAGUAAACCAGUUCCAGUAUUUGAAUUGGAAGAAAAAUGUUUAGCACGUUGGUCUGGUCCGCGAAAAUUUCCGGGCACAAUCAAAAAAGUACUUGGCAAUAACGCCUAUGAGGUGCUGUUUGACGACGGUUAUGUCAAGAAUGUGCGAGCUGUGCAUAUGGUUAAAUUAGUAGCAAGUCCUGCCGUUGCUGAAAACGAUGUAAAAGCGAGACGUAGCGAGUUAGCUACAACUCAAACCAUUACAGCAACUUCGACACCAGUCAAAGCGUUGUCCACAGAUAAAAUAUCUAAAGAGGACCCAGCUGAGAAACCCGUCGAAGCAGUAAGACGCUCUACUUCUGCACAAGUUAAGGAUUGGCCACUACUUGAUAUGUCUAAAAUUGAUUUGGCUUCUCUUAACCUACCACAAAUACCGCGCGACGGUGAGUGGACCUGUCACUGGGUGAAUGAUCAACCAAUUGGACGUGAAGGUUUUCUAAUAGUAGGGGAACAUCGCAAGCCCACAGUAAUUGUAGACGAUUGGCGUUUGCCUUCUGGUUGGGUAAAGCACAUGUAUCAACGUUCGAAUUUAUUGGGCAAGUGGGAUGUCAUACUUGUCUCACCCAUCGGCAAGCGUUUCCGUUCGAAAGCGGAUUUGAAACAAUUUUUGGAAGAAAAAGGACAAGUUUAUAAUCCCGAUAUAUAUGAUUUCAGCAUACACAGACGUCGUGCUAAAGAUAUAAAUGCUUAUGCCUUUACGUCUGGUUACACACCUCAUCAACCAUACAAAACAAAAGUGAACACUUCAGCUAAUGCAAGUGCUAGCAACACUUCAGAUUUAUUGUCAACCUCCGUGACCACUCCAAGUGCUGCACAGUAUAUUGAAACACCGGUAGCUGGUGCAGCACCACCCGCUGAGCUACUUAACGCAACGGUUGAUAUAAAAUCGGAAACUGAAGAAAAAAAACCAGAUUUAUCUACACUAGGACUAAGUUCUGAUUCACCUAAAAGUAGCACAAUUUUGGAAGAUGGUUACGCUUACGUUGGUGGCUUAAAAGUGCAAAUUGUUGAUAAUCUAUUUCGUUGUCCCGAAGUGGGCUGUUCCAAGAACUUUCGGAAGGAAAACCAUUUACAAAUACAUAUCAAACAUUAUCAUCAAAAUUUAACAAAAUUAUUGGGUGCUUGUCCAAAAAUGCAGGAAUUAGCUGAGAAGCGUACACAUACACUACCAGAUCCCAAUGAGCCACAGCCUAAGAACCAAAUACCAAAUCAGGAGUUUUUUGCAAAAAUGCAUCAGCAGGAUAUGCAAAAUUCACGUUCCAGAGGUAAGAGCUCGUUUCCUGAUUCACCUGAUUUGAUUGGAGAUAUUAAAAAGGAAACUACCAUGGACUUGAAGCAAGAAAUUAAAAAUGAAAUAUCUGAUACGGAAAACGUUACAUUGGGUUCGGUUAACAUGGAUACAACAAUCAACACCACUGCAGAUAGUUCAAGUAUGUUGCCUUUAAGCUCUGCUGAUGACUCGGCUUUAAAUGUUUCGAAUACUUCAACAAAGCGUUCCCGUUUCUCACCAACCAAACGAGUUUCUGGUGCGCGUAAAAGUAACCGGCAACGUACUACGCGUCGUUAUUUGACAGCUGCUCAUAGCAGCGGUGCAACUAUUCCAUCUACUCCUGUUACGUCUGAUAAUCAUUUCGGAGUGUCGGAUUUUGAAGAAACUCGUCAUUCCUUUAAUGCAACUCCGGAUGCAAAAUUAUUAGAGACACGAAAACGCAAGAUCAUUGCCGCACCAGUUACGCCAAUUGAUUCGCCAAUAACUGCUGAUUCCGGUUCGUCUUCGAUUCAACAUAUAUCGGCAACGGAUCCUGAAGCUACUAACCGUCCUGAAUAUAUCAAAGAAAAUGGACAGCUUAUUAAAAUUGUUCGCAUGCGUCAGGAGGAAAUUAUAAACUGUGUAUGUGGUUUUUAUGAAGAAGACGGUCUUAUGAUUCAGUGUGAACUGUGUCUUUGCUGGCAACAUGGUUCUUGUAAUGAAAUUUUCAAAGAAUCUGAAGUUCCAGAGAAAUAUAUUUGUUCUAUAUGCCGUAAUCCACAACGUGCGCGUGAAUCUAUGCUUUACAAACACGAUCAGGAUUGGUUGUAUGAAGGUAAACUACCCGUUGGCAAUUAUCACACUAACUCUGGAAGUAUACCAAAGCGCUUUGAUUAUCUUAAGUUAACACACACACUUACUGGUAAUUUGCUUGAGAUAAAGGAUUUUAUACAUUCCUUACGUCUUAAAACUAACGUGGCUGGGAAUCGUUGUCAUCCCAAGUUGUAUUUAUGGGCUAAUAAGUGGGAUGAUGUUAAAGGCGAUGCAGAAGGAAAGGUGAAUACUGAAACUAAGCCUGCGGAUGAUGACAAAAAUAAUAUUAAAGUUGAAGAAGGUUCAGUUAGCACCCCAGCUGUGGCAAAUAUACCAAACAUCCCACAGCCAGAGGCAGCGAUUGACACUGAUGAAUGUCAGCAAAGGUUAUUGGAACAUAUUAAGGUGCAACAAUCUAAUAUCGCUGCUCGCUUGGAUUUGAUUGAAGCAGACGUUGCUAGAAUUGAAAAAGAAGAUGAGCUUGAUGAGUUAAAGGGUUCCAAUAGUAAUUUUAAUAAAGAAAUACUAGCAACUUUCAUAAAAGAUAUGGAGGCUGUAAGACAACUUGCUAAAUUAAAUUGUUUGGAGCACAAGAAAAAAGCAGUGGCAGUAUUAAAUGCACGCCCUUUAUAAAUUUUUUAAAAACAUCAAAUGCUGAAAGAAACAUUUUGUAAAAGAUAGAAUAUAAAUAUAAAGCCCC